AUGGGAGAAUGGAUUGUACACUAUUAUAAAUCCUGGUUUGGUAAACCUUCACAUUCUAUUUUGUAUGAACUGCAAUAUUAUGAAAGUGAAGAAUACCCAUUUAAUAAAGAAACUUUUGACCAAUAUGGUGGUAAUAUGCUAAACUAUUGGAGUUUUUGUAAAGGAAUUGCUGUAGAAUUGCAUCUUGUAGCAGUUCGCAUUUUUUUAAUUUGUAUAACCAUGGCAUCAGUAGAACAGUUAUUCUUUGCAAUGAGAUGGUAUUACUCAGAUCAUCAUAAUCGACUUCAGUCAUUAAAAACAUAUAAACAAAAUAUUGCUAUUCUGUUUGAACAAAUAAGCUCUAAUAAUGACAACAAAAAGGAAUUUAUAUUAUCAGAUGAAAACACUGAUAAUAAUAAUAUUGAUAUGGGAGAUACUAGGGAUAAUGAUCAUAUAGAAACAGUUAAUUUGAGUUCAGAUGAAUCAGAAAGUUUGUAUGAAGAAAAAGAUGAAGUAAUGCACCAAGAUUUUUUAAUUCAUCCUGCAGAUAAUUUGGAAGCAAAAUGGAAAUUGACAGAUAUUUUUGCAGAUUUAUUA